AUGGCGCCCAUCCCCAUCACCAUCAUUACCGGUUUUCUCGGCUCCGGCAAGACCACCCUCAUCCUGAGCCUCAUACCGCAGCUCCGCAAGAAGAACCCGUCCUACAAGCUCGCCCUCCUCAAGAACGAAUUCGGCGACCUCGCCGUCGACUCCCAGCUCGCGUCCAGCUCCAACAUCUCGGGCGUGCAGGAGCUCCUUAACGGCUGCAUCUGCUGCAACCUCGUCGGCCAGCUCGGCCCCGCCCUCGCCGAGCUGCGGCAGACCGUGUCGCCCGACCGUAUCCUCAUCGAGACGAGCGGGUCCGCGUUCCCCGCGACGCUCGCCCUCGAGAUCAACCGGCUGGCGCGCGAGACGGGCGGCUACGUGCUCGACGGCGUCGUCAGCGUGAUUGACGUCGAGAACUGGGAAGGUUACGAGGACACGAGCUACACGGCCAAGAUCCAGGCAAGAUACACGGACCUGAUUGUGUUCAACAAGUGGGAGUCGGCCGGCGAGGACCGCUACGAGGAGUGUCUGGACAGGGUCGGUGAUCUGGAGGUAGAUGUCGCCAAGGUCAAGAGCGACAAGGGCUUCAUCGACAUGGAUCUGGUGUUCGGCAUCGACGGCGGUCUCGCGCAGCAGCUCACCGACGGCGACGUCAAGAAAGAAAACGGCCAUGCAAACGGCGACAGCCACGACAAUGGCGACAGCCACGCCCACGACCACCAAAGCGAAGUCGAGGUCGUCUCCCUCGAGCUCAAAGGCACCGACGCCGUCUCCACAAAGAUUUCCACCGAUAAACUACAGAAGCUGCUCACAUCGGCGCCCAAGGACGAAGUCUACCGCAUCAAGGCCGUCGCCACGCUCUCCGCGCCGCCGCGCAACUCCGACGCCGACGUGCCUCCGCCGGGCGACAGCCCCGCCGGGCGCUACAUUCUCAACUGGGCGUUUGGGCGGUGGACGUUUACGCCCGUCGCGGGAUCGCUCGAGGAGCACGCGAGCAGCCACGAGGCGGCGCUGCGCAUGACCAUGAUCCUGGCGCGCUGCGAGAGCGCCAGGUGGCUGAAGAAGCUGGCGGCCGGCGGGCUGGUCGAGGCCGAGUCUGGCGACGGCGAGCUGGUCGUCAAGAGAAUAUUAUAA